CAUCUCUCAUCACUGAACGCGCUCUCCUGGCUCUGUCGCGAAAUGUCCGCCUCAGACACUCAGCCAACCGUGGUGGACCUCACGGAUGCAGCCGAGAAAUCCGACAAGGCAUCACUAGUCGAGCUCAAGAAUGGAAAGCUGGUCUUCAAACAGAAACCACUGCCUCUGGAGAAGAUGUCGGAAACCAUGCAAGGCAUCGUUAGAUUCCGCGAAUUCAUUGAAGGUCGAAUGGAACGGAAGGAAGAUGCCCUGCCGAAGAUACCAGAUGAACAUCUACCUCUGGUCGUCAAACUAGUGCAUGAGAGCGACAAGACUAUCCAUGCACUCUCCAAACAUAUACAGGGCGAAUUGCUACCAACCCAUGAAGACGAUGGCAUCAUCCUUGAUUCAUCUUCCGUCCUCCCUCUCGAUGCCAUUGAACGAGCUAUCAAGGCGGUGGCCACAAGGAAUAACUAUGGGCUUGAGAGUACCAAGGGAAUGGGCAAGGUCCCUGCUGCGCUAAACAUCUGGAGGUGGGAGACCAAGGAUCAGCAUAUGGAUUGGCUGCCCAAAGCAGUCAGGGAGAAGCUCGAAGCUCGGAUGGCGGAGCGGCGACAGGCGAAACAAGACGUUCAAGACCUGUUCGGCACGCUAUCAGACGACGCGCGCAGUAGCUUGCUCGGCACCAAGAACACGACUAGGACACCUCUGAAGGCGAAGCCGAGCGUGCAGAGCGCGGAAGAGGUUGAUACUCCUGACAAAGCCGAAAAUGAAUCCAAAGCUCAGUCGCAACCGCAGGAUGCAGAGGGGGAGAAGGUCGGCACGCCCAAGGGCCCAGGCAGACCUAAGAAAUCUGUGGACCCCGAGAAGGCGGUAAAGGAAAGGGAGAAGCUUGAGAAGAAGGCAGCCAAGGCAGAGAAGGAGAAGAAGGAGCAGGAGGCACGAAGCAAGUCACGGUCCAUAAUGGCUAGCUUCUUCGGUAAAGCCAAGGCUGCCCCUGCGAAGCGAUCUGAUUCAUCGGGAUCUGCAAAGACUGGCAACUCACAGACGGCGGGUCCGUCAACGAGUCAAUCAGAUUUUGCCAAGACGUUCAGACCGUUUGUCGUGAAGAAGGAUGCGGAGAUCGCACCCUUGAAUUGGUUUGAACAGGCACGAGGACGGCGCUAUGCUAGUAACGUGCGGACCGAAGGCGAUGUCAUUGUGUUGGAUGAAGAAGAGAUACCCAAGGCAUCCGGGUCAGACGUGGACGUCAGUCGAAUGGAUGCAAAUGAACGUCUACAGCGUAUUAUCUCUCAGCCCCACAUCUCCCAUUGUCCAAUACCCCGCCGACGGCAACCUCAGUCUCACAUGAAGACCUACUCUGCACAUUCCGUCCGGUCCAUCAUGGCUCAAUUGACUGAGGCAGAAGUGACGGGUGACGACGACACGGUUCGCGCACUGCUUUCAGUGUUACGUGACCGACGAGCGACGCCCGUGAAAGUGCUCAUUUUCACGGAGGAUGCCCGCCCAGGCUACUUCGGAACGUGGACUCGCAGCUCCCGGGAGGUCGGGCCUCGUGCGCCCUUUGGCCGGGACGUGCUCGCUCUGGAUUACGGGUAUGACAGUGCGGAAGAAUGGGAAGGAGAGGAAGAGAGCGGGGGCGAUGACGUCGUCGAAGAUGCAGACGAAGAGGAGGCGGGUGACGGCGAAGGCGAAGACGACUCCGACACGGACAGUUGGUUGGUGGAUGAUGAUGAGGUUGAGGACCCAGGCACGCCCGUGGAAGAGCGGCGUGCUGACAGCCCGGACUUGAUGCUGCUGGACGUCCCUUACGUUCCGUCUAAGCGGAAGACGACAUUGGAAGCAAGCAAACAGAGCAAGAAGCGGAAAGUUGUCAUCCCCUUGGUGCCAUUCACAAAGGGCCCAUGCUGGGAGUCAACCGUUGGUCGGUGUAGCUACGAGCCCUUCGAGCCAUAUCGGAUCGAACUAUUCAAUGACACCCCUUAUCCCAUUGAUCCAUUCACGUAUGUCGCUGCCCCCGUAGAGAUACCAACCGCUUCAACAACAAUAAAGGAGCGCGCCGACUUCGCCGUACCCGCCCUUCCAUCUCGAGUUGCUGGCCCGAACACGCAAGCUACGUCUACCCCUACCAGUGCCGCGGCAUCAUCGACGACCGCCGGACCAGGAGGACCGAAGAAGCCCGUGCCCGCGCCGAAGACCGCGUUCCCCGAAGCACACUUACCGGUACUCCUGGCCAAGAUCAACACGCUCGCCACCAGCAACCUGGCGUACAUCGUUGAGAGCGUAUAUCAAGACUUGCGCGAGCAGCGAGUCAAGAAGAAUGCGAUCGAGGCGAAGGUGAAGGAGGUUGGUGAGAAGAGCAAAACGCAGAAGAUCUGGAUCGUCAGGCCCGAGGUGAAGGCUGCUCAUGGGUUGGCUUGAGACAUCUCUUGAAUGCUUCAUGUUGUUGCACUGUCGUUAUACAUAUAGCAUCACGUUCUUCGUUUGAC